AUCCUCAUCUGUCGCCGUGGGAACAAGUCGCAUGCUACGGCCAACCUGCUUGCUUCGGCUCUCGAGGACAUGCUGUCACAGGCCAAUCUGCAGUCCAAUCCAGAUCUGGUGGCCUUGUGCAACGGAUCUACGGACUUUGCCGUGCCUAUUACGUGCACCGAGCCCCUCAGUUUAGCUGAUCUGACGAAUGAUGAGACCACGCUGGUGGAGCAAGCGGCAGCAUCUCUGUAA